AUGUAGAUGUUUAGGGUGUUCACCAGAAUGCCAGAUUCAAUUCAUCAAACCCUUGUCUAUUACGGUAUGAACCUCACGUCCUCCCAGCUAAAAGCAGCAAUCCAGCACCGAAACCUCCGGGAAUCGUAGCUGUAAACUAGUCUAUCCCGAAGAAGAAGGAUCGAUAAUGUGCUCUCUUCGCUUUCCUCUCUGGUUUUCUCAGCCAUCGAAUCGCCCUCAUCGCUCCCAAGGAUCUUCCUCUCCUUCUUCCUACUCCGCCGCAGCCGCGGUCGGUGUUGGUAUCGGUCUUAGCCUUUCCAUUACCCAUAACUUUAUAAACCAGAGGAACCCUCUUCUUCUAAGCGCACUCAAUUCCAUCUUUUCGAAUUUCCGACCCCAUUGUUCUAUUCCAAUGAUGGGAUCUAUCUCUUUAGCCAAUGAUUCCUCUGCAGCCACGGAACCCAGGACGGGAAUGUCUUUCCCUUCCAUUUUGAACAACACUCAACGAUUGCUUGGAAUUGGGUUGCGCAAAAAAAGUAUUUUGGUGAAGAACAUCGAUGUAUACGCUUUCGGUGUUUAUGCUGAUGAAACUGACAUAAAGAACUUGUUGAGUGAGAAAUAUGGAAAGCUUUCUGUUUCCGCACUGAAGGAAAACAAAGAAUUCCUGGAAGAUGUACUGGAAAAGGAUAUAGGUAUGACUAUUCAACUUCAAAUAGUGUAUGGCAGAUUGAGCAUUGGUUCUGUACGUAGUGCUUUUGCGGAAUCUGUAGGAGGUAGGCUCCAAAAGUUUGGCGGAUCUGAUAAUAAAGAACUGCUUAACAGGUUCACUUCCCUGUUGAAAGAUGAAUAUAAGAUACCAAAGGGAACUGUAAUAGAUAUUUCAAGGGACAAGGAUCAUUUACUUCGCAUAACGAUUGAUGGAAAAGAUGCCGGAAGCAUCCAAAGCAAGCUCUUGUGUCGGUCACUUUUUGAUCUUUAUGUUGGUGAAGACCCAUUUGAUAAACAAGCCAAAGAGAAUAUUGAGCAGAACUUGGCUUCCCUUGUAAUUCAAUAGGUAAUUAAUGCCGAAAUAACUGGGAAGGAUGUCUGCAUUAUUUUUCUGUGGUUGGUAAUGUGUAAACUUGGAAAUCUGAAAUAAAUAUCAUAUUUAUGAAAUACCAGUAGUUUU